AUGGCGCCGUUGAACGCCUCCUUCAGGCUGAAGAACAAAAAACUUUUUCUUGCUUGUGAACCUGAAGAGUGUGAUUUCGUCUCCGGUGGGAGAACGCGUUGGCUGCUCGAGUCGUGCUACCAGUUUGAGCGAGAGGCAGGCGCAACAGAAGCCGACGAAGACUUUGAGCGGUGGCUGUCGCGUGAGCAGCGCAUCUUAAUUUAUGGCGCUGACGCGAACUGGGGUCCGUUUUUAUACUGGUCAUAUGGAAGGCCGCUUGUGCCCAUUUCUGCCUUUUGCUGGACGCGUGGGCAGACGUGUGAUCGGACGCUUCUUGGCUUGCAAGCUGCCGCUUUACCAGGAGGUGAUGCGGCAGGCACCAGCGCACUUGUGGACAUUUGUGUUGCACGGCGAACUUGUUGUCCUGUACAAGCAGCUGCUUUUGCCUGUGCCAUAGGACGCGGACGUGGUCUGCUACGGCACUCAGCAGGAGAUGAAUAG